CAAAUUAAAAAAGAGCAACAUAAUGAAGGAAGAAGAUACACAUGGUAGUGCGAUAGAAAUACAGUGUGCUGUGAAAUUGAAUAUUAGUCUGCGGAAGAAUAACGCUUCCAUAAUUGCAGAUAAUGAAAAUAUUCUAUACUCUGCACACUAAGUGUUUGAUAAAUAUCCCCAUGAAAAUCCCAAGCAAGCAUAGCAGAGAAAACCUGAUCCAUUCCCAUGAUCAUCCCCAGAAAGCAUAGCAGAGAAACCCUAGCCAAACCCACGUCCAUUAACUGGGUAGUGAGUUUAUACCCUACAUAUUUGCAUACCAUCAUCAUCUCUCUCCAUUCUUAAUUUGUUGGCUUUAGAUGGGAAACAGUAUUCGCAGAGUUGGUCUUCUGAGUACUGCUGGUGCAGGAGAGGAUGAACCUUUCCAUUAUCAGCUGGGAAGAAAAGUUUCCAUUGAUUUGUCAGGAAGAUAUUUUGAGGUAAACCGCAGUGGAUUCUGGAGUGAGAAGUGGACCAUGUCAUACACCGUAGAUCUUUCAACUUGUACAAUCACCAUAACGAGAAGUGGUAAAGAUGAAGGUGCCAAGGCUUUACUCAUACAACUCUUCACUGUAAUACCAUCCGAAACUGGAAGUUCUGAGAAGUACGUUUUUGAUUUGGACGUGCAUACAGUCACCGAAUCAGAUGCAUUGAUAAAUGCCUCCUUGUCAUCCAAACUCUGUGGAAGGGGUUCAUUAACAAGGUUUGAGCCAACCGAUCAGAUUCAUCCUGGAAGCAGCGUUACGGAGACACUACUUUGUUUGUUUGGGGCUGGAGACAAAGGGGGUCUUAAUGUUCUGGAAAUGAAGAAGAAGAUUAAGGAAGAACAACCUUACGCAGUGACUCUCGCGCACUAUUUUGCGAUUACUAGUGCCGGUAUUAUUGAUUUUUCUAGAACUAAAACAGAUGCUGGUCUUUCUGUUGUGGUAAAGAUUCGAGCUUCUGAUGGGAAUUUGGAUAUAACGGUGGAGGGUCCUGAUCAACACCCUGGUUUUGGAUUACGUUACUUGUUUGGUGAAGCCGUGAGAACCAAGAUUUGGAAGCCUACGUUGUGUCCACACUGUGCCAAUAUCCAGAAGCAACGUAGCACAAUGAUUUGGCAGUCAGAGAGUGAUGACAGCGAGAGUGUCCCUGUGGCACGGCGUCACGGUGGCGGCCAGAAAAUUUUAAGAACGGUUAACAAUGGUGGAAGGUUCAAUGGCAAUGGUAAUGGUAAUUUCAUUGAAAAUAAAUAUAUGUUUUUUGGAAAGAGAUGGUGGUAACAUGAUGUACCAUAUGAAGUAACGUACUUUCAUAUGUUCUGAUUGUAUGACAAUAAAUAAGACACCAUCAUGUAGAGAACAUAAACUUAUGUGUUCUUGCUUUUGUUUUUUGUUUUAAUCUUACUUACUUCACAGUAAUUAUAGCUGUUUGUAUAAUGAAGAACAGAGAUUAUCAGGUAA